AUUACACGUUCUGACGUCAUGCUUCUUUGCGUUAGUCGAGAGAACUGCAGAACGAUUUCACCUAUAUUUCUCUACAGAGCGUAUUCAUUAAUAUAGUAUUUUAUCGUCUAUGCGUUCCCGAAUAAACACGUAUAUUAUGGCUGUAAUAGGAAUUUGCAACGGAUAUUCUGGGAUGGGUUGUGCAGACCUUAUGUUAUAGCUUGCUCUGUGUGGACAUCACCGCCACCGUGGAAGAAAACGGCAGCUCAUGGCACCAGGCCUACACAAACUCGGGCACCAGCCCCCUUCCAGCACCACCCGAACACUUGUGCAAGGCCUGUGGAGGCCAGUAUGACGCCGCAAGGACGGUAAAUCAGCAUGUCUGCGUGGAUUGCAAAAACAACUUCUGCAGCCGCUGCUCGGUGCAGAUGGAUCUCCGGCCGCGGAUGUGCCACACCUGUCAGCGGCUCCAUUGCACCUUCUUUGAGCGGGCAGAGUUGAUGAGGCUGAAGGUGAAGGACCUCCGUGAUUAUCUCCACCUGCACGAAACCCCCACGCAGAUGUGCCGAGAGAAGGAGGAGCUGGUGGAGCUGGUGCUGGCUCAACAGGCUCCCAGGAGCAGCGGUAGCGCCGAAUCCCGUUCGCAGCCAUCUGCGCCUCUGCCUUCCCUUCCACUUGCAGAAUCUGAACCCCUCACAGAGGAGGAGGAUGAGGAUGAAGAGGAGGAGGAGGAGGAGGAGGAAGAAGGAGAAGGAGAUGGAGAAGAGGGUGAGGAAGAUGAUGAAGAUGAUGAGGAAGAGUCCACAGACAGCGAGGAGACGCUGGUGCACAGCAGAAGAGCUUCUCUGUCUGACCUGAGCAGAGUAGAGGACAUCGAAGGCCUCAGCGUGCGGCAGCUAAAAGAGAUUCUGGCACGUAACUUUGUGAACUAUCAGGGCUGCUGUGAGAAAUGGGAACUAAUGGAGAAGGUCACCCACCUCUUUAAUGAUCAGAAAGACCUUCACAACUUGGUGUCAAAUACAAAAACAGAAGCAGCUGAUCCUGCUGAGCCCAGCGGCCAGGAGGAGAACCUGUGUAAGAUCUGCAUGGACUCCCCCAUUGACUGCGUGCUGCUGGAGUGCGGCCACAUGGUCACGUGCAGCAAAUGCGGGAAACGUAUGAACGAGUGUCCCAUCUGCCGACAGUACGUGGUUCGAGCCGUGCACGUCUUCAGAUCGUGAAAUUCGGGUGCAAAGAGAAAGACUGCCUACUACAGGUUGUUGCUUUUUCACACAUUGAGCAACAUUUUGUCAAUGUUUUCUCAUGUUUUUUGAAAAUGUUGCAUUUUGCUGCUUUGUUUAUGAGUUUACAUGAUUAAAUGCACUUAUUUGUUUAUUCAUUGCAACAGUGCUAUGUUGUGGCUUCAGAGUUGUGUUUACAUUUGUUGACUUCUGCACUUUUUAAUUAUUAGUCUUUUUUCUUUAUAUUCAUCCUACAACAUUUGCAUCACUUUGAGUGUGUAAAUAAUAAGCAAACGAAAUUUAAAGGUAAAAGUUGAUGAAUGUUCAUUAGAGGUUAAGACAACAAUUAUAACUUCACUUAAGAGCCUCAAGAAGUGUGUCUGCUAUCUGUGUAAACAACACCGUAUUUAAAUGGGUGGAAUAAGCUUAGAAAUUUCUGGGACUUUGAAUUUAAUUUGGAGCACUGAUUCUCAUGUUGUUUCUGUGUUUAAGUCUGUACAGUAGUUCACCAUUACAGUUAAAUCACCACUAUAAUGUGACCACUUCAGGGGUCAUUCCACUCUUGGUUAAAUUUACACGCUGUAUCAGUACUGGUACUCGUUUCUAGUGAGUAGGUGCUAUUUUCCAGGAUCUGUGCACUAGAUCACAGACUAUCCCACUGUCUCAUACUUUGGUCUUGACUUCAUAUCUUGGGCAGAACCAUUUUCUUCCAAACUGCCGAGAGACCUUUUUCUGACUUGACAUUUUCUUCAAUACAUUCUUCUUCUUCUUUUUACUACACCGGUGGCUAGUUCUCCACCAUUACUAGUAAUACUAACAAGUCAGUGUUGGUCACAAGGUGCUCAUUACUGCCUACAUUUAUUGUUGUAUAAUAAAGUGUGUUAACCUAAUAAAGCAUUUUCACAGAGCGAAAAAUGUCAAUCAUAACUGUACAUUUAUUCAAAAAAUCUUUAAAUCCAUAAUUUUUAAACUUGAAUACUCACAUUUAUGGAGGUACAAUGUUUUGAUUAUUCACAUGAAGUAUGAUUAAAAUUGCAAGUUAAUGAAUGUAUCAUAAUUGUGGUUGUAUAGGAAUGUUUUCGCUUGAAAUCUUUCUUGCCCAUUGACUGAGGAAACUGAUGCAUAUCCUUGAUUCCUUGCGUUUCUGAGCUGAAUGUGACACAGAUCUUUCUAAACCGUCAAGCCCAUCUCUUAAACACAGAUGAGACAUCUGGCAAAAAAAAAAAAAAAAAAGUCAAUCUUCUUUAUUUUCUCACUUAUUAUACAGGACUUUUGACAGGAUAUGCAACCUGUACAUAUUCUAUAUUUUGAUAGCUUUGUGUUUUAUGAUUAAUCGCGAUUAAUCGCAUCCAACAUAAAAGUUUUUAUGUAACAUAUAUAUAUAUAUAUAUAUAUUAUAUAUGGGUCAUUGAUGAAUAAGGUUUUUAAAGGUGUAAAAAACAAUGGAGAUAUAAUUAAUUUUAAAGUUUUAUUAAGUGUUAACAAUGAGAUUAUGUGGUUUUUAUAAUAAAUUAACACUGCUUUUGUCAUUUUUUACAAGAUGAACAAAAUUGUCACCAAAAAAGUCAUUCGGUUUAACCAAAAUUUCCGUUUUACCGAAUGACACUUUUGGUUAUACCGAAUGACAAUAUUUUCAAACAAUGCUAACAGGCUGAUAUCUAGCUAGCUUGCUGUAAAUGGCUGUAUUGGCCUUUGAACAGUUAAACCGAAUGACAUUUUGACACUUCAAAAUCUUUAAAAUACCUUUAUAUGUUGCAAAAUAUAAUUAAAACCUUUUGGAUUCAAUAGAAGAGAUCUAGCUGUACUACCUUACAUACUUUGGAUGUCAUAUCUUUGUUUUUUAUUAUUUUUUGGACAAAAAAAUGACCCGUCACGUCAUUGACCCAUAUACAUACAUAGUAUAUAUUUACAAACUUUUAUUUUAGAUGCGAUUAAUCACAAUUAAUCGUUUUGACAGCACUAGUAUUUUCAUAUUUGGCAAACAUGAUAAAACCUAAAAGAUGUUGAUAACCCACUGGCGUUGUUUUUCUGGUCAGUGCAAAUGUUAAUACAAACAGCAUGGCCUCACACUUCUAUAACCUCCCCAUAAAGCUGGUAAUGAACAGACACAUAGAAAGAAAUUCUGAGCGAUGAGUGUUAAUUUCUGCUCUCGAGACAUAGAUCAGUUCUGCUGUGCUUGAAGCUUUCAUUUUGUGCUUCAACAGCUCUAGUUUUACAAAAAAUACACAAAAUAAAUGGGCUAUAUGUAAUUUACAUGUUAAGUAUACGCCUCUUGUCAAAAUCCAUGUAAUUUAUGUUAUGUAAUAGCAAAGGUGACCAUGUGUGUAUGUGUGUGCCAAGUGGAGUUAUAUCCCUUGAAAUAUCAGUAGGCUGUGAUGCAGUCUGAAGAUUUAAAUAUUUACAUAAAUGUAAACAUAAAUAUGAUCUAAAGCUCAAUUAAAACUUAAAAGUGUGAAAUAUAAAAAAUGUGAAAUAUAGCAUUAUUUGGAAGCUAAAGUGUCUUUGCAAAUAUAUCUACCAUUGAAUGCAGCACUGAGAAAUUGUGUGCAAAGAGAAUUAAGAUUUAAGUCAAGUAAAACAUUGGAUGUGUAUCUAGACAAGUAUUUAUGAAAAAAAAUAAGCAUAUGAGAAAAAAAAAAAGAGCUCUGCAUGCAUGAGCUAAGAAAAAGAUAUGAAAUAUUAUUGAAAGGUGCUUAGAAAUGCUUGAAUGAAGUUUUCCAGGUUGAGUGGAGACACUGGAUUCUGUAUUAACUUUUGUGUAUCAUUUUGUAAAUUGUUUGGUUUUGUUUGUUUUUAGAUUAUUUGAGACUGUGAUAUUCUUUUUAUCUAUAUGAAAUAUAAUCCAAAUCAACUGAUAACUCAAAUGCUGUUCGGGAUGUAGUAAACAUUUAUCAUAUAACUAGCAUGUCAGAUUGCCAAUAUUGUCUUUAACAUGCAGUGAGCCUGAUGUGCUAAAUGCUGUAUUCCUGUAAACACUACACUGGAAGCUGAUAAGGUUUAUAAUUAUUCACAAAUUUAUAUAUUUUUAAAUUUUGUUACUAUAUACUGUAUGGUUGUUCUUGUGCAAAUAUUUGUUUUGUUUUUUUGUAUCAAUAAACAGACGUAAAACAGA